ACAUGUCCAAAGAUUUUCAUAGCUGUGCCUUGCACUGCAAGCAGCACAGGAAGCAGUACAUCUAAGCUGUUUGAGCCGAACAUCUGCAAUGAAGUGGCUCAGGGAAUAAAUGGAAGCGUGCCAGUUAAGCACUCGCCACACCCAACUUCAAACCCAAAGCCACAAGUGCCUCCAAAGCCAUUACAUCUGCAAAAUUCACAGUCAUCCAUUCCCCACCAAACCCCUAGACAUAAAGUUUUAUAUACUGCGAAGCAAAGAAUGGAGGAAGUUACAUCUACCUCUUCUUGUGUAUCAAAAGAGAAAACUAGUAAAGUGUCUGAUCUCAUCAGUCAUUUUGAAGGAGGCAGCCCAGCCAAUCUUAGUGAGCUGAAAAAAGAGUCCUGUGUUAUCAGUGUUGUUAGAUCUCAAGGAAAGCAUGGGUUGACAUCAUCACCUCAGCCAAAAUUCCUCUCCCAACACCCACUACAAAAGCAGGGAAAUAAUACAGAUCAAUCUCAGGAUGUACGGAAUUGCACGACCAAUGGAGUAGUAGCACAGAACCGCUUGGAAUGCAGGGACAGCAGGUUGCCAGUUCGUAGUGACAGUACGGCCAUUCAGAGUGAAGGUGCUUCAUCUGAAAGCAGCUUGGUAAAUGGAGAAAGAGAGAGCACAAGUACGGACUCGUUGCAAACUACGGCUGCCUGCAAAGGGCAAACGAUCAAUAGCUGUUGCCGGACUAGUCCAGAUGUGAACACGUUGUUCCCAUCUGGAAAAGAAACUGUAGAAAUGAUUGCUAAUGCAGAGGAUAAACAGGUUGAAGAGCACAUGAAGCAAGACCAGCAACUGGAAACAAAGGAGACAGAUGAACAAAAAUGUUACAAAAUUGCCAAUGAGCUUUUGCACACAGAGAAAGCCUAUGUCUGCCGGCUUGAACUAUUGGACCAGGUAUUCUAUAGUAGACUGAUGGACGAAGCUAACAGGGGUUCAUUCCCUGCAGAAGUUGUUAAUAAAAUAUUUUCCAACAUUUCAUCCAUAAAUCAAUUCCACAACCAAUUUUUGUUGCCAGAGCUGGAGAAAAGAAUGCAAGAAUGGGACACAAGCCCCAGGAUUGGUGAUAUCCUGCAAAAGUUAGCCCCUUUUCUCAAGAUGUAUGGGGAAUAUGUGAAGAAUUUUGACAAUGCAAUGGAACUGGUAAAAACAUGGACAGAGCGAUCACCUCUGUUCAAAUCCAUUAUUCAAGAUAUCCAGAAACAAAAAGCCUGUGGAAACCUGACCUUGCAGCAUCACAUGCUAGAACCCGUGCAACGCAUUCCCCGAUAUGAGAUGCUCUUGAAGGACUACCUAAGAAAAUUGCCUCCCGACUCCCCAGACUGGAAGGAUGCUGAAAAAUCCUUGGAAAUAAUAUCCACAGCAGCAAGUCACUCCAACAGUGCCAUCCGAAAAAUGGAAAAUUUAAAGAAGAUGUGGGAAGUUUAUGAAAUGUUAGGAGAAGAGGAAGACAUUGUCAAUCCUUCGAACGAACUCAUCAAAGAAGGACAGAUCCUUAAACUUGCUGCUCGUAAUACAUCUGCUCAAGAGAGAUACCUCUUUUUAUUCAACAACAUUUUGCUAUACUGUGUCCCCAAAUUCAGUUUAGUGGGAUCUAAGUUUGCAGUUCGGACCAGAGUUGGCAUUGAUGGCAUGAAGAUUGUGGAAACUCACAAUGAAGAAUACCCACAUACGUUUCAGGUGUCUGGGAAAGAACGAACUUUGGAACUGCAGGCCAGUUCCGAACAAGAUAAAGAAGAAUGGAUAAAGGCUCUUCAGAGUACCAUAGAUGCUUUUCAGCAGAGGAAUGAAACAUUCAGACAUGCUAUUGCAAAAGAGUAUGAUGACAUGCCUAUAGAAGUUUCUAAUGCUGAGCUUGGGAAGAGAGCACCAAGAUGGAUUCGAGACAACGAAGUGACCAUGUGUAUGAAAUGCAAGGAGCCCUUCAAUGCGCUGACCAGGAGGAGACACCACUGCCGAGCAUGUGGGCAUGUGGUUUGCUGGAAAUGCUCAGAUUAUAAAGCUCAUCUUGAGUAUGAUGGUGGUAAACUGAACAAGGUUUGUAAGGACUGCUACCACAUUAUAACAGGAUGCACGGACAGCGAAGAAAAGAAAAAAAAAGGAAUCUUGGAGAUUGAAUCAGCAGAAGUAUCUGGGAACAGUGUGAUAUGUAGUUUUCUCCAGUACAUGGAAAAAUCGAAGACUUGGCAAAAGGCUUGGUGUGUGAUUCCUAAGCAGGAAGCCCUUGUAUUGUACAUGUAUGGUGCACCACAGGACGUAAAAGCUCUGGCUACUAUUCCAUUGUUGGGCUAUGUAGUAGAUGAUACUCCAAGAAGUGCUGACCUCCCUCACAGUUUCAAACUCACCCAGUCCAAGUCUGUGCACAGUUUCGCUGCAGACAAUGAGGAACUGAAGCAGAAGUGGUUGAAAGUCAUACAUUUGGCUGUUAAAGGUGAAACCCCCGACUGCCCGAAUGAUUUGCGGCUGAGCUUGGGGGAUCAGCAUGAAAACUCUGUGAAAUUGGAUUCUGAAGCUUGA